ACACCUGCAGGUGGUAUGACUUCUAGUUCCUAAAAUUUGACACUUACAUAAAAAAUUUACAUCACUCAAAAUUAAUUUUGAAAAAUGAGCAUAUUUUGGAAUCAUUAAUGUUUUAUAAAAAAAAUAUAAAAUUACAGUGGGUCAAUAUUUUUGUAUAUGGAAAAUUUCAUACGUUUUUUGGCUCUAAGUAUUCUGGUUUCAAUGUGUUAUGCAAGAGAGAGGGCCGCGCAUGUUGCUGAUUCUAAAUUCGCCACAAAACAAGGUCAAUAUGGUUUCGUGGUGAGCAUUGAAUUGAAAGACACUUUGAGCUUUCCAUUAUGCAUUGGCUCCUUACUAUCUCCGAGUAUAGUCCUAACAGCUGCUUUUUGCCUGGGGACCAACUGGGGGUCAAUUGUGAAAGAACUACAGGUGACAGCUGGCUCGUUGUACUUGAGACCAACCAACUGCUCAUCUGUAGAAAAACGUAAGGUCCUGAGGCAAGUAAUCCAUCCAAAAUAUCAUCAACAAUAUCCUUAUAAUGAUAUCGCCGUUUUAUUACUCGGACCGCCAUUUGAUUUUAAGAAAAAUCCCAACAUAAAUGCCAUUUCACUCGCCACUAAAGAUUUUGAAGUUGGAAAACAAUGCAGAUCUUUGGCAUGGGGAUCGCAAGAAAAUUUCAAAGUAAAUCAAACGAACAUUCCACUGAAAGCAAUACCAGUUCACCUUUACGAUCGAAAAUCCUGCAUGUUCGCAUUCCAGUUUCUAAUAAAACCCGGCCAGGCAUGUUCUGAACGUCCACCACUAUUUUCAUCUCUUUGCCCUGUCGAUAUUGGUAGUCCAUUGAUUUGUGGAAAAUUUUUAGUCGGAAUUGCGACAAGAGUUCAUGACUGCCAAGACAUCAAACAGCCAAACGUUUACACGUUGGUGUCACAUUAUAUUCGAUUUAUUGAACGUGCCAUUGUUCCCAUGUCCAUAGAAAAAGGAUCUAGACUCAAACCAAAAUGGCGAAUGUGUUUGACUGCAAACAUUGUUACUAAUUUAUUUAUGCUAUCGUUAGGAAGUUCAUAGUAAAAAUGUAGGGUAGAGAAUUUUGUUUAAUUUAAGGGAAAAAUAAAAUAUAUUUGUCUUUUUGAAGUACA